AUGUCAAACACUUCAUCAGCAUCGAACCGAGUGGCAUCUUUUAUAAACUCUGUACGAAAUCGACGUUCCGUUUCGCCGGUAGUUCAACGUUUACUGGAACUAUGUGUUCAUUAUCAACAACAACAACAAAAUAAUCAAAAUAAUCUGGCAUCUCCAUCGUCAUCAAAUGUGAAUCCAAUCGAUUUGAAUGAACAAUCGAUAAGAAAAAUCAAAAAUUUAUUAAAAAAAAUCCCCAAACCGAGACGCAAUAGUUCAGUUGAAGCAUUAGAACGAGCUGUUCUACAUAAAGAUUCAACAACACGAUGUGUUAUUAUACGAAAGUCAUCUGAUGAUACGCAGGAACAAUCGUCAAGAUUAAAUCCGGUAAUUGAUUCUUGCCGUCUUUGGCGUUGGUCGGAUUUAUUAAAUCAAGGCGAACUUAAACCUGUUGACUAUUGUCCAAAUGCUUUUCAUUAUGGACUUGACAAUAUUUGUGUUAAUCCGUAUCAUUAUGAACGUGUACCAAGCACUUACUCUGUUCAGGUUUCACGUUUGCCUCCUGAAGCCGUACAAAGUAUACCUGACAUACGUCCACCAUCAAUAAGUGAUGCGGCAGCUAAUCAAGUUCCAGAAAACAGAACCUAUGAAACACCAUUUCAGUCACAAUCAUCACCAUCAUUAUCACCUGACAGUAUUGCUUCACAAGAUUCAUUCCAUUCACCAUGUAGCGGUGUGAAUAAAGAUGAAAAUGUUGAAACGGUAACACCAAUGGAUUUAGAUAUUAUUCUAAUUGCUCAAUCGAAUCCUCCCCAAGAAGUCAGUUUUGCAUCUGAACAAGUCGAAUUGCAAGAACCUCGUGAAUGGUGUCGGUUAUCUUAUUAUGAAUUUUCUGCUCGCGUUGGUGAACAAUAUCCAGCAACACAAUCUCAUGUUAUUAUUGAUGGUUUUACGCAUCCAUCCAAUGCGGAUCGAUUUUGCCUAGGUGGCUUAACCAAUAUUGACCGUACUUUAGAAACUCAUGAAGUACGUCGUUCUAUUGGUCGUGGAGUAAAAUUAUAUCAUAUACGUGGAAACGUAUUUGCUGAGUGUCUAUCGGCUAAUCCUGUUUUUGUUCAAAGUCCGAUUGCAAAUAAAAGAUUCUCAUGGCAUCCAGCAACUGUUUGUAAAAUUCCUCCAAAUGUUAGACUACAGAUCUUUGAUAAUGAUGAAUUCACUCAAAUAUUAGCAAGUGCUAUUCACGAAGGUUAUGAAUCGGUUUAUAAUUUAACAAAAAUGUGUAUCAUUCGAAUGAGUUUGGUGAAAGGAUGGGGUGUAGACUAUCGACGAAAAUCCGUUACUAAUACACCAUGUUGGAUUGAAAUAUUUUUAGAUGGCCCGUUGAAAUGGCUUGAUUCAGUUCUUUUUACUAUGCGUGGUCCGAAUCAAUCAAUUACGAGUGUUUCUUAA